GGAGCCCUGGUGUCUGAGACGUUAGGUCUUUCUCCUGUAAACCUCCGCUUCUCAGCCCACAGUCCUGCACGUGUGAAGCCCGAGGGCCGAGGAGACCUUAAAAUCCCAAACCCGCCUCCCAUCAGCGGACAAGGGAGUGUGACACUUUUCAUCAUUCCAAGUCCUUCUGCCUGUGAGUGUGGUGGAAGCACGGCAUAGCCUCAAGAUGCAGGUGUGAUUGGUCCACAUAAAGUCGCCUGAGAACACAGCCCAGAGCAGGAGGAGGAAGAGGACAGUAUGGCUGCUUCUCAGUUGACCUUCAGUGAUGUGGCCAUAGAAUUCUCUCAGGAGGAGUGGGCGUGCCUGGACCCAGCUCAGCGGAAACUGUACAUGGACGUGAUGUUGCAGAACUACAGGAACCUGGUAUUCCUGGGUGUGUCUAAGCCAGACCUACUCACCUUUUUGGAGCACAUGAAGGAGCCCUGGGAGUUGAAGAGAAAAAAGACAAUACCCAUCCAGCCAGCUCAGCUUCCACAGAACAAGUAUAAAUGUCCUAAAGUCUUUGAAAAAAACUCAAAUAUUUUUAUACCUCAGAGUAUUCAUACUGUAGAGAAGACAGAAAGUUUCAGUGAAUGUGUCAAGUCUUUCAACCAAUCAUCAAAUCUUACUGAACAUAAAAAUACUCAUAUUGAGGAGGAGUCUUUUCCGUGUAAUCACUAUGUGAAAGUGUUUAGUCAAUCCUCUAAGUUAAAUAUACAUAAGGAAAUCCAUACUGCAGAGAAGCCUUACAAAUGCAAAGAAUGUGAUAAAGCCUUUAGGUGGCAGGCAAAUGUUAUUUUACAUCAGAGAAUUCAUACUGGAGAGAAGCCUUAUAAAUGUAGAGAAUGUGGCAAAGCUUUUAUCCAGAGCUCACAUCUUACUCGGCAUCAGAUCAUUCAUUCUGGAGAGAAGCCUUAUAAAUGCAGAGAAUGUGGCAAAACUUUUAUCCAGAGCUCACAUCUUACUCGACAUCAGAUAAUUCAUUCUGGAGAGAAGCCUUAUAAAUGUACUGAAUGUGGCAAAGCUUUUAGCCACUGUUCAAACCUUAGCCAUCAUCAGAGAAUUCAUACUGGACUAAAGCCUUAUAAAUGUAGAGAAUGUGGUAAAACCUUUAUCCGGAGCUCAAAUCUUACUCAACAUCAGAGGAUUCAUUCUGGAGAGAAGCCUUAUACAUGUAGAGAAUGUGGCAAAGCCUUUACCCAGGGCUCACAACUUGCUAAACAUCAGAAAAUUCAUUCUGGAGAGAAGCCAUAUAAAUGUGGAGAAUGUGGCAAAGCCUUUACCAGGGGCUCACAUCUUACUCAACAUCAGAAUAUUCAUUCUGGAGAGAAGCCAUAUAAAUGUGGAGAAUGUGGCAAAGCCUUUAGCUGGUAUUCAGCCUUUUCCAAACAUCAGAGAAUUCAUACUGGAGAGAAGCCUUAUGAAUGUGGAGAAUGUGGCAAAACCUUUAUCCGGAGCUCAAAUCUUAUUCAACAUCAAAGGAUUCAUUCUGGAGAGAAGCCUUAUACAUGUAGAGAAUGUGGCAAAGCCUUUAUCGAGGGCUCACAACUUGCUAAACAUCAGAAAAUUCAUUGUGGAGAGAAGCCCUAUAAAUGUAGAGAAUGUGGCAAAGCCUUUACCCGGGGCUCACAUCUUACUCAACAUCAGAAUAUUCAUUCUGGAGAGAAACCUUAUAAAUGUACAGAAUGUGGCAAAGUCUUUAGCUGGUAUUCAGCCUUUUCCAAACAUCAGAGAAUUCACACAGGACAGAAACCCUUUACAAACACAGAAUGUGGCAAAGCCUUUAUCCACCGCUCAAAUCUUACCAAAUAUGUGAGAAUGAAUACCUGAGAGAAGCUUUACAAAUGUGAAGAGUGUGACAAAGCCUUUAACCUUGCUAUAGCUGUACUCAAUAUUGAGAAAUUCAUAGUGAA